AUGAAGUCCGUUCUUGUUCUCUCUACCUUCCUAGGAUCCAGUACCUUUGCCUUCCCUUGGCUAUCUUCCGAUUUCAAGGAGGAGCGUCUCGAGCAUGGCCUUGACAUCAUCUCAAAAGAUCUAGAGCUGUCGACUCUGAUCAACGAUCUAUACCAAAAACAAGUCAAAGAGAGAGAUGACUUCUUCGCCAACCACAAUGCGACAGAAGAAUGCGAAGAUGCAGCUAUCGGCCUCGACAAGAGACAAAGCACAAACUGCAGGCCUCACCCCAUGGGCGACUUCUUCCCGUCUACAGUUGCAGGACUGAAGAAGUUUCCUGAGGCAGCAUACCCUUACCAGGACCCCAAGCCCACCGAUCAACGAGGAGCUUGCCCAGGUCUCAACACUCUUGCUAAUCACGGCUACAUCCCCCGCACUGGCAUAGUCACAGUCGCGCAGACCAUCAUAGCUAGCGCUCAGCUUUUCAACAUGGGCGCCGAUCUUACGGCUUUCCUUGCCGGUGGCUCGCUUAUUUUCGCUGGUGAUAUCCCCAGCAUGACAUACUCCAUUGGUGGUGCAGACGCUCGUACAAACUCGCUGGGCCCUCUCGGUGCGGCACUUGGUACAGAGACAGGCUUGAGUGGCCAUUUGAGGUUCAAGGAGGGAGAUGCUUCUGGCACAAGAUGCGACUUCUACCUCUGCAAUGGUGACAACCACAACCUUAACCCUGACAUAUUCAUGGAUCUGAAGAACCAGGCGAUGGAAGUUGGAGGCGGCCAAUACAACGUCAAAGCUGUAACCAGCCACUUCGCGAAUCAAUAUCAGAACUCCCGCAGCAAGAACCCUUACUUCUACUUCUUCCCUCCUCAGGCCGCGCUAGCGAUUGGCGCUACUUACUUCAUUCCUGGUUUCUUCUCGAAUGGUACGAUUGGCGCUGGCGGUGUUGCCAACGAAGCAUCCAUUGCAUCCUUCCUGGGCGCCUCGUUCAACGAUGAUGGUUCCUUCAAGUCAUACGUACCUGAGCAGAUCCCUUCCCAGGGCUGGUACCGCCGUGCAUACCCCAUGCUCCUGUCCGAAGGUAUCGACGGUAUCAUCACCCUCUACACAGGUGCCGCUGCGCAGAUGAAGAACCCCAUUCUCUUCGGUGCUAACACCGGUUCUGGCAACUCCUUCAAGGGCGGCUAUGGUCUCUCCGACUUCGGUGGCAAGGGCACCUUCGGUGGGACAACUCGCAAAGGUGUUGCAUGCGCCAUUCAGCAGGCCGUGUACGGCAACUUCAUCUCUGAAUUUGGCAAUGUCCUUAAUAGUAUCAUCGGAGCGGUCAAAGCUGUCAAUGCUGCCUUUGGCUCUUUUGGUUGUCCGACACCGACUGGUGCACCUCCUUCGCAGGCUAUCGCGACGACUUUUCCUGGCUAUCCGAAGCCGAGUCCUUGCACACUGAACAGGAUGCAGAACGGUCUUGACCAGUGUGCGGCUGGCACCAACACCUACGGUGGUAUGAACUCGCAGAAGAUACCUUUCUGCUUGAACAGCCCCAAGGCGGGUACCGUAGCUGGUAAUCCUUACCCGGUGCCUGUUCCUUACCCUUCUUGA